CGUGUCCGCAUGGGUGUGACCAGAAGAAUGUCAAACAAAAGAUCUGCGGCUGGGAGCAGAGCUGAAAAUCCAGGACUAACUCUUAGGAUCCAGGGCUCUCCACUGCAGCAGCGUGUGUAUGUGUGUGUGGGGGUGUGUGUGUGUGUGUGUGUGUGUAGGAUGCUGGUCUCUGUAUACGAGUUGUUCUGGUGGGAUCGUCUGUGGCUCCCAGGGAACCUAACAUGGGCAGACCUGGAGGACAAGGAGGGCCGGGUCUACGCCAAAGCCUCACACCUGUACGCCACCAUCCCCUUCACCGUAGGCUUCCUGCUCAUACGCUUCAUAUUUGAGAGGUGGAUAGCCACACCCUUGGCAUUGAUGGCAGGGGUGAAGAGGAGAAUCCGAGUCCAAACAGAAGACAACCCCAUUCUGGAGCACUAUUACAGCAGACAAAGCAGACAGCCCUCACAGGCAGACUUGACUGGGCUGUGUAAGAAGAGUGGACUGAGCGUCAGGCAGGUGGAGCGCUGGUUUCGGAGGCGGAGGCGUAUGGACCAGCCCGGAGUGCUCAGGAAGUUCACAGAAGCCUGCUGGAGGUUUUUCUUCUACCUGUUAGCAUUUGGUGGGGGAAUUCUGGCAGUGUACGAUAAAGAAUGGUUCUAUGACACCAAAGAAGUAUGGACAGGUUUUCCAAAACAGUCAAUGCUAGACUCUCAGUACUGGUACUAUAUUCUGGAGAUGAGCUUCUACUGCUCUCUGCUCCUCAGUGUGGCUUUCGACAUCAAGCGAAAGGACUUCCGGGAGCAAAUCAUCCACCACUGUGCCACUCUGGUACUGCUGUCUUUCUCCUGGUGUGUUAACUACAUCCGUGUGGGGACUCUGGUGAUGCUGGUGCACGAUGCCUCCGACGUGCUGCUCGAGUCUGCCAAAUUAUUCAACUACGCCAAGUGGGAGACGACCUGCAAGAGCCUCUUUGUUCUGUUUGCCAUUGUCUUCAUGCUGACGCGGCUUGUCAUUUUUCCAUUUUGGUUGAUCCACUGUACCUGGGUGUAUCCACCCCACUACUACCCCCCCUUUUUUGGGUACUACUUUUUCAACGUUAUGCUUCUGAUUCUCCAAGCCCUGCAUCUCUUCUGGGCCUACCUUAUCCUCCGCAUGGUCCACAAGUUUGUCUUUGGCAAGCUGACCAAAGAUGAAAGAAGUGACAAUGAAGCCGAAGAGGAGUUCAGCCCAGAGGAGGAAGAGGAGGAAGAGGGGGAAGAGGAGGGUCACUAUAAUGGUGUGGUCCAGGGGAAGAGCCAGAAUGGGUGCUCUGAGCUCCUGCCCCCUCCACACAGACACUGCCCGUCCAAGACUGUGUACUGACCUGUGCUCUCUGUGGGCAGGCUGGAAGAGUGACCAGGCCCUCAUCACCAUAGAAACGUAUAGAAUUUUAUAGAGUUUUAUAAAUGCUAUAGUGGCAAAAAGAGUUUAAAACAAUUAUUUACCUUACCUGGCAAAUCCUCUCUGUAUUUGUAUACACAGAGAGGUCAGUCUGGUCCCCGCGCCCUUCAUUACAUUUUGAGCCAAAACCAAACCUCAUGAAUUCAGAUUUGUUGUUUUUUAGUAACACAUGUGAACCAAAGGAGCUCAUUGGUCAUCUAUCAUUUACAAAUCACAUUUCUCUCACCUCAGACGAACAGUUUAGUGCUUCACUCAUUGAUUCUGUAGAAAUCUGCAGUGUUUUUCAGAGCCCUAUGACAUUUUUUUCCUUUCUUUUUUUCCUCGUAAGCAGCUAACUUUGUUUUGAUAUGGACGGACCAUGCAUGUCCUUUUUCUACUUGUCAAUCAUCUGAACCCGGGGAGAUUCAAUGGUGACCAGACUCACAUCUUUGUAUAGUGUUGAAGAAGUGUCUAUUCUGGAUCCCACUGAUAAAUUUUAUACAAUUAAAGUAACUUGUGUCAUUUUAGAACUAACUUUUCAAGACAUUGAAGAGUUGAAAACUAGAGCGGUUAAUAUGUAGUAAAACAUUUUUGGCACUAAAAAUCUAUAUAAGAGACUGAUAAUGAAAAUGUGUGCAAUACAUUGGCAGUGAAUAGUACAGGACCAAAUACAAUUCUUAAAUGUAUUUCUCCUUUAUUUCAUGAUACUUCAUCUUUGCUAAAUCCUAUGUAUUUCACCAAACUAUAUUUAAUAAUAAUAAUAAACAUUGUAUUGCUUAUUUGGAAAAGUGAAACUUGUUCAUGUAAAACUGUUGAUUGAAUGCUACAAUAACUGUAUUUAUCAUGUACAGCGGUUUACAGUAUAAUACUGUUAUAAAAAUGUAUUUGUUUGUUUUAAAAAGUGAUAUGUUGUAGUUUAUCUGAAAAAUAGAAUUAUUGCCAUGCCAACAAUAAACAUGUUGGAUUCAGCCAUCUGUAUGUUACAAAAUCACUGGUCAUCCUGGGGGUUGAUGUGGGGUUAAAAGAAAUGUGCCAGCUCAUCUGUGCCAAAAACUUCACCAAGAACAAAAAAAAAAAAAAAGACAAAACACAGUCACACACUGCAUGAAUAUGUUAAUAAUAUUACCAAAUAAAACCGUUUGUUAAAAUAUAAUAUUAGACAUAUUAUCUUUUUUUUUCUCUAAUAAAUCUGGCAGAAAGAAUAGGUUAGGCCUAUAUUAGCACAAUUUAUAAGAAUAUAAUAAACUUGAACUC